UGUUCCCGAGAGGAGGGCACUGGAGACACAGACACGCGGAGAGGUUCGUGCACUGUUCCUCUCCGCGUUUACUAAGCUCACAGCCCUAUCCUGACGAUGCGGAAACACCGUACGAUUGCACACCUACUGUGCACAGCUCAGGGCUCAGAAGAUACCCACCGGGCUGCCUAAGGCGCUGCCUCAAGGCAGGGAAGGAGGACGCCGGGCCGCAGGGGCUGAGAGGAGACGCGCGCUGCCAGGGCGGGCUGGGGAGGUCGGGAGGCAGCUGUCAGCCUCCCGCACGCCUUCAGUGGCUGCCCCGCGCAUUGUGCAUUUCUCCUCCGCUGCUGUCUGGGCUCCAGCUCCGACCCCCGGCGGCUACCAGCGGCAGCAGUCCGACCCGGGGCUAGCGCCGGCCUCCUACCGCUUCCUCCGCCGCUUUCCUUCUCCGCUGCGCCUGCGCGACCGGAAAAUUCGCGAAGGUUCCUGAAACGCCACUGAGCGUUUCCGGAAGCCGGCAGUCGCCUGGGUCGUCAGACCGGUGCUGGGGACGCGGGAGCGGCCGACGCAUCCUCUCGCCGGUCCCUGUGUUUUGGCCUUGCGCGUGACGGUGGGAACGGAAAAUGUCCUUGCUGUGCUACAACCGCGGCUGCGGGCAGCGCUUCGAUCCCGAGACCAAUUCCGACGAGGCUUGCACAUACCACCCAGGUGUUCCAGUCUUUCAUGAUGCCUUAAAGGGUUGGUCGUGCUGUAAGAGAAGAACAACUGAUUUUUCUGAUUUCUUAAGUAUUGUUGGCUGUACAAAAGGUAGACAUAAUAGUGAGAAGCCACCUGAGCCAGUCAAACCUGAAGUCAAGACUACUGAGAAGAAGGAACUAUCUGAAUUGAAACCGAAAUUUCGGGAACACAUCAUUCAAGCCCCUAAGCCAGUAGAAGCUAUAAAAAGGCCGAGCCCAGAUGAACCAAUGACAAAUUUGGAAUUAAAAAUAUCUGCCUCCCUAAAACAAGCACUUGAUAAACUUAAACUGUCAUCAGGGAAUGAAGAAGAUAAGAAAGAAGAAGACAAUGAUGAAAUUAAGAUUGGGACCUCAUGUAAGAAUGGAGGGUGUUCAAAGACGUAUCGGGGUCUAGAGAGUCUAGAAGAAGUCUGUGUGUAUCAUUCUGGAGUACCGAUUUUCCAUGAGGGGAUGAAAUACUGGAGCUGUUGUAGAAGAAAAACUUCUGAUUUUAAUACAUUCUUAGCCCAAGAGGGCUGUACAACAGGGAAACACAUGUGGACUAAAAAGGAUGCCGGGAAAAAAGUUGUUCCGUGUAGACAUGACUGGCAUCAGACUGGAGGUGAAGUUACCAUUUCAGUAUAUGCUAAAAAUUCACUUCCAGAACUUAGUCGAGUAGAAGCAAAUAGCACAUUGUUAAAUGUGCACAUUGUAUUUGAAGGAGAGAAGGAAUUUGAUCAAAAUGUGAAAUUAUGGGGUGUGAUUGAUGUAAAGCGAAGUUAUGUGACUAUGACUGCAACAAAGAUUGAGAUCACUAUGAGAAAAGCUGAACCAAUGCAGUGGGCAAGCCUCGAACUGCCUGCAGCGAAAAAGCAGGAAAAACAAAAAGAGGCCACAACAGAUUGAGUGGGAGAUAGGAGGAAGGCUGUUACCUGUUUCAGAAUUCUUAACACUGUGUGAAGUGGUGGCUUGCUGCUGUAAUCUUUUCUUGUUCUGUUACUGAAUCUGGCAUUUCAGGGUUAACAUUAGGUUCUUAAAAGCCAAAGUGAGUCUGUCUUUUUGUGCCUCUCAUCUUUCUUUUGUAUAAUUUAAGAUUGAUUAUUCAUUUCUCCUUAAUGGUAGGAACCACAGUUGCGUCCUGUACUUGAAGAGGCUGGAAAAUAGCCCAUAACCAUAAUUACAGUAUUUCUUUGUAUUUCUUUGUUAAGCAGAGAAAUAUUAAGGAACAUGUUUUUUACAUCUUUCUAUUCCAUAAUUAGUAAAGCAAGAUGAAAUGUCAAAUUUUAAUCAUUUUUUUCAUGGAUUUGUGUUUUUACAGUACUUGAAAAUAUUUCAGGAAGAGAUGAUGCUCUGCAGUUUUUUUUCUAUGUGGAAUGAUUACUUUUUUAAGGAGGAGUAAAUCUGGGAUAGUGUAGUAAGUAAAGGGAAAUAUAUGAAUGGUUUAACAAAUUAGAAUUUGUUUACAGCUACUUGAAUGUUUAAAUUACAUCAAAACUUACAUUACUUGCCAAGCAGUAUGAUGUAAAAGUAUAGGAAACAUAAGUAAGAAUACAGAGGUAUCAAUCUGGUUAAAAUUCACCAUUUUGUAAUACUAAGCAAUAAUCUUAAAAACCUCUUUCCUGAAUAUUUAAAUGUGUUUAUAUGGUGUUAUGACUAAAUUGUUACUGAUUUAUAGAGUAAACCCUCUUAAAACCUUUAAUUAGUUAAAUAUAAAAAGAAAGUAUAUAUAUUUGUCUCCCUGAUGGAAACCUAUAUAAAGUUGUAGACUUAAAAAGUUUGUGAAAAUGCAUUAGGAUAUCAGAAAACUAAAUAUAUGGACUUGCUUCAUGACUGUCUAUUACGUGUUAAAUAAAGUAACUCAAUUCUU